AUGCAGCAAAGUCCCAAAGAGGCCUCUGCGGAUGCCAACGAGGCUACAGCACCUGUCGGCGAGACAGGUCGGACAGCAAUGGCAUUCUCCGCACAAACUGCGCUUCACUUUGUGAAGGUGGAAGCUCAUGAGCUUCGCCUGCUGUGCUUGUGCAACUAUGGCAGGCGGGAUGGCUUCGCGAAACUAUGCGAGGGCCCACCUUCAACAACGGCAACUUUUUGGGGGAUUCUUGGACCGCCAGCGGUACUUGCACAGCGUUGCAGCAAGCUCAAAGUUCUUGAGAGUGUGCCUGAAACACCCCGUGCAAAGCUUGCUGGCCAGGACCCGAAUGACUGGCAGCGAGACAGCUUCGUCACAUCCUCAGCCGGCACUGCAAGAUACUGGUUACUGAGUUACUGGACCUACAAAAUGCUCGUAUGUGCAAACUCGAAGGUUGGGGAGGCUUUGAGUCUGUGGCUGCCUUCGUAUCCGCCGAAGACAGAAGUUGUUGCGCUGGAAGUCGAGCCUUCCAGUGACAGGCGCAAGUGGUAUAUGGACAAGAUCGUAGCGGUUGGCGAGAAAGUGGGUGAUCUGGAAGAGAGAACUUUGAUGUUCAUGAAAGCCACUGCGAACGACAUGGGCGCGGAUUUCCAAGCUCUUACAUGGAAGAAGGCAGGGGUGCCUGCAGAGAUCCCACUUGGCUCCAUUGACAUUGGCCUCAUGUCGGACGGCACAUUCACAGAGUUGGGCGCGAAAGGUACUGAGGCGGCGUUGAGGCGGAUGUUCCUCAUGCUAAAGAACUCCGGGCGCUUCUUCGUGAUUGCAAACACCGAAGACGAGCAGUUUGGAUUUCGAGAGCAGCUGGUGCUGGGUUUCGAGCCUGCGGUCUUGAAGAAGGUUGGAUGGCAGAUACAAGCAGCAAAGCGGGACAACGGAGUCGUCGUCGCAUAUUUGGCAAAGCGUCGGGUGACAGGUGCCAAAAAAUCGCGAAGGAUGACCAAGCGCUGA